AUGGAACUUGGGCUAACUUCGUCCACCGCCACCGCAGACUCCGCCGGCAGUGCCAAAGUUCGCCUUAUGUGCAGCUACGGCGGCCACAUAGUCCCUCGUCCUGGCCCCAAUAAGCCCUUCUGCUACGUCGGCGGCGACACCCGCAUCGUCUCCUUUGACCGCCGCACCAUCACCACCCUCGACUUGCUCGUCUCACACCUCUCCGCCACCCUCUGCGUCAGCUUCUCCUUCACCUUAAAGUACCAGCUUCCCCAUCUCGACCUUAACUCUCUCAUUUCUCUCACCUCCGACGAAGAUUUCCAAAUCCUCAUUGACGAGUACGACCGACUCUGUUCCUCUCCUCCCUCCUCUGCACCCUCCCGCAUCAGAGUAUUCCUCUUCCCUACAUAUAUGCUUCAGGGUUCCAGUCGGCCCGUGAUUCGGCACCCGAAAACCGAGUCUUGGUUCUUCGAUGCGCUCAAGAGCGCUAAGAUUCUGCAAAAGGGGCUCGGCGAGACCCAUGGGUUUGGGUUUUGUUAUGGAUCGGGCGUGGAGGCUCAUGGGUUUGUCUCUUCGGGUCCGGAGUCGAUGGUUUUGGAGACAAGUUCGUCUUUCGGGUCAACUUCUUCUACGGCUUCGUUGACCAAUUUGCCUUUCAAGUCUCAGAGCAAUGAAGAAAACGAGUUUGUUCUGCAGGAUAAUAAAGCUAAGUUGAUGCAGACCAACACUGUUCCAAAUGAUAAUUCUGUUUCAAACAUCGUGCCCCACUAUCAUCAUCAGGGGAUAUCAUACCAAGAUCCCAUUAUUGUUCAAGCUUCUUCUUCAAUGGAGGCCAGAGCAGGUUACGGCACUGAAACCACUAUUAUAUCAGAAACUACUGCAAAUAGUACCAACAGUCCAAACCUGAAUCAACAAGUUCAGAGACAACAACAUGUGCAGUUUGUACCAUUACAACAUAUGACAUAUCAACCUAUUCAUCCAUACCCAAUAUACCUCGUACCUUCUUAUGCUCAAAUACCACCUAACAGUAGUUUGCCUACAACAGCUUCCGGUCAUUCUUCCUUGAUGGUUUCUCAGAAUUAUUAUACUGCACCAGUGGCAAGUUCAGCGGCGACACCAUCACAUGUUUCUCCAAUGCAUGUUCAGUCUCAUAAUGUUGCUGUGACUAACACAGAAUCUGCUGAUCAGCAUGGUGGUGGUGGUGAUCUUGAUCAUGUUCUGAUUUACAAAUCUCAGCCUCCUCCUCCGUCGUUACCGAAUUCUUAG